AUGACUUCACAACAACGUUAUGAUCAACAACAAAUCAUGGAAUUAGAAGGAUUCGCAGCAUUAGAACAAUUGCUACUAAUGGCAGAACAGCGUGAACAAUCUCAACAAAUUCGAGAAACAGAAGAAAUCGACGAAGAAAGACAACAACAAUUGCAAAGAACUCAUGAAUCGGACCAGAGAAGACUAUUAGACUAUGAAGAAAACCAAAAUGGUCAAAUAAAUGAACAGAAUGAUGAUCCUAUACAGCAAUUUGAUCAAAUCAAUCAGCUAGAACAUUAUGAUAAUGAAAGGCAACGAGAGACACUGUCGAACAACGAUUCAGAUCAACGUCGUCUACACGACUAUUUGAAAAUUCCAACACCACCAUCACCUGUAAUGAUCUUAAACACACAAAAUCUACAACGACAUUGGCCACUUUAA